AUGUCCUGGGGAUUUAUGAGAGACUCUUCCUUGAGACGUGUCCUGUCCGUUCAGUAUGGCAGGAGUGGAAGUCAGCAUUCGCCUGUAAAUCUCUUUUUUGACACCGAGCCAGACAACCUGCCAUCGACUAAUGAUUCCUCUUCUGCAGAUGAGGAUUUGGAUUCCUUAGUUUUAUUUGGGAUGUUGAGAGGGAAUGUGGUUGGCUUGCGUUAUUAUACUGGGGUGGUUAACAAUAACGAGAUGGUUGCACUUCAGCGUGAACCCAACAACCCAUAUGACAGAAAUGCAGUUAAAGUAAACAAUGUAAAUGGAGAACAAGUUGGUCACAUAAAGAAAGAGCUGGCUGCAGCUUUGGCCCAUAUCAUGGACAGGAACUUAGCAAAGCUUGAGGGUACAGUGCCAUAUGGGGCGCAAAAUGCCUAUACUAUGCCAGUGAACCUGAGUUUUUGGGGAAGAGAAGAAAACAAGAACAUUGUUAUAGAUCUUAUGAAGAAAUAUGGCUUCAAACUUGGACCUUUACCACAGGGUGGUUCACAAGCUCAACCACGCCUCAGCAUUCCAUUACUUCCAGCUGUGCAGAUGACUACAGAGCAGCUGAAGACUGAAUUUGAUAAAUUGUUUGAAGAUCUGAAGGAAGAUGAUAAAACCAGAGAACUGGAACCUUCAAAGGCUGUGGAAACCUCAUUGCUCCCUCAUCAGAAGCAGGCACUGGCGUGGAUGGUGUCACGUGAGAACAGUAAAGAGCUGCCACCAUUUUGGGAACAGAGGAACAACUUCUACUACUGCACUCUUACAAAUUUUGCAGAAAAAGACAAGCCAGAGAGCGUAAGAGGAGGAAUUCUGGCAGAUGACAUGGGAUUGGGAAAGACUUUAUCAAUCAUUGCUUUAAUCCUCACUAACUUUCAUGAUGGAAAACCUUUUCCAGUUGGACAUGGCAUUUAUGGUAAUUAUUCUUUAGAAGAACAUUCUGUUGCACGAGAUGACUCAAGAAAAUCAUCUAACAAGAAACAGGCACGGAGGAAAGCAGAUGGAACAAAUGAAAAAUCAGGGAGCAGCAAAGGAAAAACUGAAACUGCGCCUAAAAGGCAAAAAGCCAAGUAUUCACUCAGUGACUCUGAGGAGGAGGAUCAAUGGAUCCCACGAAAAGUAAAAGCUCCUUCAGCAUGUAACAUAGUCGAUGAUGAUCAGUUUGCUAUGGCUCUCUUUGGCGGUCCUUCUACUGUGAAGCAAAAAACUAAGAAAAAAGGCACAGUUAAAACCGUAACCGAUAAUCCUUCAAAAUGUGAAGUACAGAAUCAUCCAAGAACAACUCUAAUCAUUUGUCCCCUGUCAGUGUUGAGUAACUGGAUUGAUCAGUUUGAGCAACAUGUUAAAGCAGAUGCUAAAUUAAAUAUUUACAUCUACUAUGGACCUGAACGCAACAAAAAUCCAGACUUUCUUUCCAAGCAGGAUGUUGUAUUAACAACGUACAAUGUGGUAACUCAUGAUUAUAGUACUGAGAGUCCAGUACAUAAAAUAAGGUGGCUAAGAGUUGUGUUGGAUGAAGGGCACACAAUCCGAAAUCCAAAUGCCCAGCAAACAAAAGCUGUUCACAGCCUGGAUUCAGAGAGACGAUGGGUGCUAACAGGUACCCCUAUUCAGAACUCCUUGAAGGAUUUGUGGUCAAUUCUCUCUUUCUUAAAAUUGAAACCCUUCACAGCCAGGGAGUGGUGGCAUCGCACAAUCCAACGGCCAGUCAGCAUGGGAGAUCAGGGAGGCUUACGCCGAUUACAAGCACUUAUUAAAAAUAUCACCCUGAGGAGGACAAAAACAACAAAAGUUAAAGGAAAGCCAGUACUGCAAUUGCCAGAACGUAAAGUUUAUAUCCAGCACCUCAAACUUUCACCUGAAGAAAGAAAAAUAUAUGAAUCAAUGCAGAAUGAAGGAAAAGCUAUUAUUAGCAGGUACUUUAAUGAAGGAACAGUCCUGACACAUUAUGCUGAUGUGCUUGCAGUGCUUGUUCGAUUAAGGCAGAUCUGCUGUCACCCCCAUCUGGUUCCAACCAGUCUGUCAAGUGCUCUGUCUGCCAGUUCAACCCCAGGCGAAUUGCAAGAGAAACUGGUGAACAAGAUAAAGAUGGUGCUGAGCUCAGGCUCAGAUGAAGAAUGUUCUAUAUGUCUGGACUCUCUGAACAUGCCAGUUAUAACCCGCUGUGCACAUGUCUUUUGUAAAGCAUGCAUUUGUCAGGUUAUUCGGAUAACUAAGCCAAAUGCAGUGUGUCCUAUGUGUAGAGGUGAAUUGUACUUGGAGCAUUUGGUGGAAUGUCCGGAGGACGAGUGCGACCUGGGUGACAGCCAAAAUAAUAAUCAGACGUGGAUGUCCAGUUCCAAAAUCACUGCUUUAAUGCAUGCACUGACAGAACAGAAAGAAAAAGAUCCAAAUAUCAAAAGUAUAAUUGUUUCACAGUUCACUGCGUUCUUAUCAUUGAUCGAAACCGCUCUCAGAGAGUCCAGCUUCACAUUUACACGCCUGGAUGGAUCUAUGAACCAGAAAAAGCGAACAGAUGCAAUCCAGUCAUUCCAAAGCAGUCAUUACGACUCUCCAACCAUUAUGCUGCUGUCACUGAAAGCAGGAGGAGUCGGUCUGAAUCUGACAGCAGCAUCCCGUGUGUUUCUGAUGGAUCCUGCAUGGAAUCCAGCUGCAGAGGAGCAAUGCUUUGAUCGAUGUCAUCGACUGGGACAGACCAAAGAAGUUAUUAUUACUAAGUUUGUUGUUAAGGAUUCCGUGGAAGAAAAUAUGCUAAAAAUUCAGAACAAGAAGAGAGAACUAGCUGCAGGGGCAUUUGGAGGAAAUAAUAUAAGCCAACUUCCAGUGAAAUAAAACAAGCCCGCAUUAAUGAAAUCCGGACCCUGAUAGAUUUGUAG